CCGGCAUUUAUUUUGAGUGUAUUCUUCAAAACAUUUCAAAAAUUAUUAGAUAAUAUCACUUAAACAGCACGAAUGUGUGCCUUGCGUAUGUGUUGCGUUGAUUAUUCUCCAUAAAAAUUUGAGUCAAUUGAGAAUGAUCAUUUAGUUCGUUCUCGUUCUUUGUCGCAUCCAGUCGCACAGUAUUUAAUUGUAAAAAAAUGUCUGAAAAGUGGGCAGGUAAAGUUGCUGUUGUAACAGGCACAUCAGCUGGAAUUGGAGCUGCAGUUUUUAAAGAUUUCGCAAAAGCUGGAAUCAUUACAAUUGGAUUGGCAAGAAGAGCUGAGAAAGUUGAAGAUCUCAUUAAAGAGUUGGGUGAUGUUAAGGCUUAUGCCUAUAAAUGUGAUGUCUCAAGUCCCGAUUCCGUAACUGAAACAUUCAAAGCAAUUGAAGAAAAAUUCGGCGUUGUGAAUAUAUUAAUCAACAAUGCAGGUAUUGGAAGAUCAGCAAGUGUUCUUGACGAAAACGCUGAGUCAUUCAAGAAGAUGAACGAAAUUCUCGACACAAAUGUUCGCGGUCUUACUCAUGUCUCAAGAGAAGCAUAUCGAUUAAUGAAGAAAUCGGACGAUUAUGGCAUGAUUAUUAAUAUUAAUUCAGUUGUUGGACAUCAACUUCCAUUUACUGGAUUUUCAUUGAGCAUGUAUGGUGCUUCUAAAUUUGCAGUUACAGCUUUGACAGAAACAAUGCGUCAAGAGAUGAUAAUGCAAGAAAAUAGCAAAAUUCGUGUCUCGAGUGUGUCGCCUGGAUACGUUCACACAGAGUUUGUUGCUGCAUCUGGAUUUGUGUCUGAUCCUUCAAUAGUUCUUGAAGGAUUUCCAUACAUUUUGGGAGAUGAUGUAUCAAAAGCUGUCAUGUAUUUAUUGAGUACACCUUACAAUGUCAAUGUCACAGAGCUUACAAUAAGACCUGUUGGCGAGAAGUUUUAAUUUGUUUUGAUUAUUAUUUAAGCUAUUCAGUGAUUAGGAAAGAAUCAUUUGAGAACUUUGCAAUUCAUGCUUCAGUGACUAAAAACUUGCAAAUCAUCAUAAUAUUUAUAUCUAAACUUGUUCCGGUAAUGAAAGGUUUGAAUAUAAUUUGUAUUCAAAUAUUCUUGUUCACUUGUUCUUAUUAAAUAAUAACUCUCAAUAAAAAUAAAUCUACUACUUCACACACC